UCUACGGAGUAGUAUUGAAAUGCCGUUCCUUCUUUCCCCCUUGUCACUGCUCCCAAGCCAUCGAGACCAAGUGCCUGGAAAAUCGUCAUCAAUAUGAAAGAGAUCCAAACCACAGCCAGCCCAGAGACAUGGGGUCCCGGUACAUUCAUUGAUCAUUCGAAGCCCAACGUUCCUGAAGACUCACGACGUGUCUUCGAAUUUCUGGCAAGGUCCACCCCAGGUUUCUCACAGGAUCCUCGCCUAUGGAACUCCCUCACCUUCGAAGGUAGCGCCGAGCCAAUUGCGCCCGGCCCGCUGAAAGCCCCUGUUAUUGCCGCCGCCUUGAACGCCAUGUGUGGAGUUGUCGCAAAGGAGCUUUUAGAGCUGAGGCAAGGUGGCAUUUCCGAUCACAGGAUGACGAUCAACACGGAUCAUGCAGCCCUUUGGCUAGGGACGGCAGGCAUCACCAAACGCAAUGGCAUCAGCGUACCGCAAUUGUCGAAAAGUGGAAAGCUGGGCGAGAUUUUCCCCAAAGACCUGGAAAAGGAUACCUUCAAACCCGCCAUCAGAUUACGCACUACCGCUUGCUAUCCCACGAAAAAGGAGGGAGUCUGGUACCAAUUGCACGGCUCGCUCAAUGCUGAUCCAGUCUUGCAGACGAUUGGCUUAGACGUCCAAACUCCAUGCAAGGGCCUCGAAGACGCCUACAGAAUCAUCGGCGAAGAGGUUCGCAAAUUUGGACCCGAAGAACUGGAAAUGCUUCACGUCCAGAAAGGUCUUUGUGGCAGCAUGUGCUACACCCCGGCGUCAUGGAGGCAGACGCAAAUGCACAAAGAGCUCUCCAAGCAUCCACUGGUGAAUUACACUCAUGAAUCAUACGCGGUGCCCACUCCUGUCACGCCGCUUCCGAUGCCGAGCGACGAUAAGCGCCCUCUGGCUGGGAUCAAGGUGGUUGAAUUGGUCCGCAUCAUUGCUGGCCCGGUGAUUGGCAACACCCUCGCCGCUCUCGGGGCUGAUGUCAUCCGGGUCAAUUGCAGUCGACUUCCUGAUUUCAAUACCCUCCAAUUGACGCUGAACGCCGGCGUUCGAACCGCUGAUAUUGAUCUAAGCAAGGCCGAAGAUCUAUCCAAGUUGAAAGCACUAAUUCAGGAAGCGGAUGUUUUCGUCCAAGGCUAUCGACCGGGAGUCUUCGAGAGGAAGGGCCUAGGCCUCCAUAAAAUCCUGGAGAUGGCCAGCAAAAGAGGCAAGGGUAUUAUAUAUGUCGAGGAGAAUUGUUACGGACCGGAUGGUCCGUUUCACGAUCGACCUGGCUGGCAGCAGAUCGCCGAUGCUGCGUCUGGGUGCUCGUACGUCACUGGGAGGUAUCUGGGCCACACCGACGGCACAUGCGUGCUUCCAGCACUGCCUGUGCCUGACAUGCUGACAGGGUUGAUUGGCGCCAUAGGCACUAUGAUGGCCAUCCGGGACCGCGCCCGUCAGGGAGGCUCAUAUCACGUCUUCGCCUCGCUGAUGGCUGCCGCUGCUUUCCCUCUGGCGCCUGAAGUUGGCCUGUAUCCUCUCGAGGUCACCCGAAAAUGCGAUCAGAGGUUCCAAUGGGGCCAUGUGGAUGCGUCACUUUUUGUCCUGGAGCUUCUCUCGGUCGUGAUCGAUGCGUGGCAGAGAGAACUCCCAGAAUAUUUUGGUCCGGACUCACCUUGGCUCACUGAGCUGAAGGGAGAAUGGGGCAACUUUGAACUUCUCAAGCCGGUAUUGCAGUUCACAGACUCAAAAGUGUCGCCUCGGUGGUUGACGGCGCCUGAACCAAAUUGCCGGCACGAGGCUCACGAGAUCUCAUUCGUUGAGUCGAAUGCUCCAGUUUUGAAUGGGCAUUGAUGGUGGAACGAUGAGGAUGCCACCUAUUUCAAGGUUGGAAAAUUAUUAUAUGUAGACAUGAACCUGAGACAGCGUCUGAGUUGUUGAAAGAUCAGCCCGUCCAGUGCGUGUCACCGACAAUCCACGAGGGGAAGGAUUUGAUCCAAUGGACAUACUCCGUAGUAACGAUAAGUGAUAAGCGUAUGGGCAGAUCACCAACCCAGGGAGAUAUGCAUAAUUACCUAGGUAGUCUUGAAACGACAAGAGAUGUGAGCACUGUGGAGGGG